UCCUGUGUGGGAUCCCUUUUUAAACAGCCCGAUCCGAUGCAGAUAGGCGCGCCUAUGCCUUUUGAUUUCGAUGGGCUACGCUCUAAUAUGAGUAGAAUCGGUGUAAGAAAAGGGCUUCAGAAAUAAUCUCUGAAAUGGCAACGGUAAAAUCAAGCUAAAUGAUCAAGGCGCACGUUUAUUCGGCACAGAGGCAAAAACUAGCGUUGGGCACAAAUUUCAGCAUCCUAAGAGUUUCUGUUUAUUAUUACAGUAAAGCAAAGUUCUAGCCCUGUAGUCUGGAAUAUAGUUUCCUUCCAACUUUCAGGUUUGCCUCUCCCUGAGAUUAAAAGCAAAACAAAUUAUGCAAAUAAGUACAAAUACCUUGUUUUGAAUUUGCAUAUUCAUAUACCGGUAACUACUUUUGUGUGGAUGAGACCAAAUGUCCAUCUAGGAGUCUAGUGUUAAAUUUCCAGCUAUGACUAGCCAGCUACCUUUUUGAAAAUUUACAAGCCUAGCAUGAAGACAACAGCCUCUUCCUGUUCUUUGUCUCCAGCACCUGGUCAUAAAAUUCAUCCUUUUUUUACAGAAUUUUAUUGAUCUUGGUGUAAAAUUCUGGUGUUGGUGGGUUGUUGUUGUUUUUCCCUUUUAAAGCACAAACUAUCUGCAAGCUUGUAUUUAGGCAAACUUCAUAAGAAUCUAAGACGAGACUGAUGGAUCAGGCCAAUACCCCUUCCUAGUCCAUCAUCCUGAAGUAUAAUGCUGUGAUAAUGGAGGUAGAUCAUGAAGAUCUCAGGGCAUUUCUGCAAGGCAAGAAUCUUUGGAAGAAUUAUACAGGCCUAUAAAAUCCGUACAAAAGUUCCCAUUAAUUUUAAUUGCAGCUUUCAAGCUUGUUCUGUUUGGCUGAUGAUGUACAAUUUAAAAAAAACACUGUUAAUUUCUUCCUCCAAAGUUGUACAGACGACAUUUGACAUAUUUUAAUUAGAGUAACAUAAUUCAGAUUUCCAGGAAUAUUAAACGCAUGUGAAAUCAGAGAAUUGUGGAAGGAAGGACCCUGAGGAUCAUCUAGUCCAACCCCCUGAAAUUGCACAAAAACUGUUUUGUAGUUUAAUGGCAGUACUUAUGUUCUGCCCUUUCAAUAAUAUCCUCCACCAGUUGCUGAAAAACCAACAUUCUUGCAAAGUCCUACUGGUUUUGAGUUUGGGGUGCUUGCUUGUUCUUUUGACUUCCACUUGCCAGUAGGAACAAGGGAACUCUUGUCACAGAAAGAGCUACAUUACAAUCUAUGGAGUACAAAUCUUAGAACUUCCAGUACACAGAUGUGUGCUCUCUCAAUCUCUGUUUCCCUUCUUUUAACAGGAGUGGGCAGAAGGUAGAGUAGGUUCUGGUGGUAAACCUCUGAGUAAACUGAAGUAGUUUGACAAGGAGCACUCAGUUGUUUUAGCAACAAUAAAAAAGACUCACCAUCCACCACAUGCUACUGAAAAUGAAGUUGGGAGAUAGGGAACGUAACCAGAAAGGGUAACCAGAAGUAGCUUUUUGAGUCAGCUCAUUUAAGUUAUGGUAUUCAAAAUGAAUUACUGGGCUCCAAAUUAUUUUAUUCUAAAUGUGCCACUUUUGCACGUAACUCCACCUGAGUCUAUCCUGAGGUUCCAAUGAAAACAAAAUAGAUCAGGGGUAAGCAAACUUUUUCAGCAGGGGGCCGGUCCACUGUCACUCAGACCUUGGGGGGGGGGCGGACUAUAUUUUGAAGGGGGGGAAAUGAAUGAAUUUCUAUGCCCCACAAAUAACCCAGAAAUGCAUUUUAAAUAAAAGGACACAUUCUACUAAUGUAAAAACACGCUGCUUCCAUUUAGAAGACGAUUGGGCCAGAUCCGGCCCCCAGGCCUUAGUUUGCCUCCCCAUGAAAUAGAUCUUGCGAGCCUGCAGGGUGCCUACACCAACAACCUAAUGUUCAACGUGUUCCCUGUUGUUGUACCAGACCUGCUCAGUGAUUCCAACAAGUCUCGCAACAUAUUACAGGACUGGGACACCCUGAUGGAAUACAGCUUGUGUAAACAUCCUCAUCCGAGGCUAGUUCCUGCUUUACUUGUUUAGAAUCUGUAAACAUUUCCCUCUUUCCUUGACCUUCCUAGUCCUUCUACCUAAGGGGUGGGGGAAACUUUCCUGGCUGGUGAUUCAGAGUCUUCUCUUUCCAUCUUUUGCUGGACCAAAUUCGACAGGUGGGGGGGACUGUCCUCCUGUCAGUCACCUGGAGUCACUAUUAUGUGAGGUGAUAUGGGGUUUUGAAGCCCUACUUGUUGACCCUUCAGGACCAGGGCCCCCAAGGUGGUCCUGUCACACCGCAGAGGACAAAUGGUUACUUCCAGCAAAUGAAUCAUCCUAGGUGAGUCUCCUCCCUCUGCAGUUUUCUUUUGCUCACAGCAAGGAGGCAGGGAAUGGGAACCGUUCGCCUGGUGACUGACUGGACACGUCAUAUGUAAAUAACUACACUCUUUCUCCCUUUCUCUCUCUACUUUUCACAAUAAGGAAUCCUGCAUAGCAACCGUGUAACAGCAGACUCAGGUUGCACCGCUUCAGAGCUACGGUAUGUGAUAGGCAAGCCGAAAAGGGCAGUGGAAACUACAACUCCCAGCAUGCCCUGUUGUCAUUAAACUGACGGCGCUUUUAAAAAUCCCUAAGCAUAGAGAUAAACGAUUAGAGCAACAGCCAGUAGUUUCCCUAUUUGGGGGUUUCUAUUUUACUCCGUGAGAUGGCUAAAACAGAAGAGUGUCUGUCUGCAGAAGUAAUGCUGCGCAGCUUCCGCACAGGAGUACGGAAUAACCGAGCGUUUGCUUGGGAUCCGAUCAAGUGUCCACGCGUGCUAGUCCUGGUGUUAUACACGAAUAUUUUCAGCAGAGAUGAGUCUCCCGAUUCUUUUUUCCUCUGAAAUGUGAGAAAUGGUCUUCUUACCGCGGCUCAGUUCUAGAGACUGGAAUGCGGUUCACAUACAUACAUACAUACAUAAUUUUUUUCAUGCAACGUAAAGACCUGUGCACAAACUCCUGCCUUUUCUAGAAACACUUUGGCACCAAAUCGCGUUUUAUUUUGUUUUAAAAUUAAAUCUUGCCACGGGCUUUUGCCGGGCGUGGGGUGGGGUCUCAUGGGGUAUUAGACUAGGAUGGCGUCAGAAGUAGUCCAGAAGUCCUUUCUACAAAACGGUAACGGACUGCUCUUAUGUUGGUGGUCUAUGUUUCAUGUUGAUCCUUGCGUCGCCGCAUCACGCAGUCAAAAACGUAAGUCCGUUUCCUGGGAGGAAAUAAUAAACGAAAGGGAUGGGAAGUCCCGUGUUGCCCUGCGCGCCUCCUCCCUUCGCGCUGAUUGGCCGAGGAGCGAAGCAGCGAGUCGUUCAAAGUAGGCGAGUGUGGAGGUGGAGGCACUUUGGGCGCGCGUCCCGUUUCAAGUGGUAAUUCUUGAGAUUCGCUGGUCCGAAGCGCUUCUUUCUCCUCAGGGAGCCGGCGGCUCUUUUUCUCCUCUCCGUCUCUCGCGGGCGUUUCGCCCAGCCGGUGGAGCUCGCAAGUGCGGGGACCCCCCUCCCCCAGCCGUUAAAGACUCGAGCGGCUGCCUCCCUUCCCUUCCUCCGCUCCGCCCGGGUCGGGUUCUUGCCUGCGGCGGCCUAAACAUGAAUUCAUCGAGUGCUGGGGGCAAGAAGGACGAGAAGGGCAAAAACAUCCAAGUGGUGGUCAGAUGCAGGCCCUUCAAUGCAGCUGAGCGCAAAUCUAACUCCCAUUCUGUGGUGGAGUGUGAAAAUGGAAGGAAAGAAAUUUCAGUUCGCACUGGAGGGGUGAUGGAUAAAACAACGAAGAAAACGUACACAUUUGACAUGGUUUUUGGAGCUCAGGCUAAACAAAUUGAUGUGUACCGGAGUGUUGUGUGUCCAAUUUUGAAUGAAGUUCUUUUGGGUUACAACUGUACAGUGUUUGCCUAUGGUCAAACAGGAACAGGAAAGACCUUCACUAUGGAAGGGGAGAGAUCACCUAAUGAAGAAUACACAUGGGAAGAGGAUCCAUUAGCUGGUAUAAUUCCCCGUACACUUCAUCAAAUAUUUGAAAAGCUUGCUGAAAGUGGUACAGAAUUUUCUGUGAAAGUAUCUCUGUUGGAAAUCUACAAUGAGGAGCUUUUUGAUCUAUUGAAUCCCUCUCCAGAUGUUGGGGAAAAGCUGCAAAUGUUUGAUGACCCACGGAACAAGAGAGGUGUCAUAAUCAAGGGUUUGGAAGAGAUAACGGUACAUAACAAGGAUGAAGUUUAUCAGAUUUUAGAAAGGGGAGCAGCCAAAAGAACCACUGCAGCUACUUUAAUGAACCAGUAUUCCAGUCGCUCCCAUUCGGUGUUCUCUGUCACGCUACACAUGAAAGAAACAACAACGGAUGGUGAAGAGCUUGUUAAAAUUGGGAAGCUAAACUUGGUUGAUUUGGCAGGAAGUGAGAAUAUUGGUCGUUCUGGAGCAGUUGACAAAAGAGCUCGAGAAGCCGGAACUAUCAACCAGUCCCUAUUGACUCUGGGAAGAGUCAUUACCGCACUUGUUGAAAGAACCCCUCACGUUCCAUACAGAGAAUCUAAGCUCACUAGAAUCCUGCAGGAUUCCCUUGGAGGGCGCACAAAAACUUCCAUAAUUGCUACUGUUUCUCCAGCAUCGAGCAAUCUUGAGGAAACUCUGAGUACCCUUGAAUAUGCCCACAGGGCUAAAAAUAUCAUGAAUAAGCCUGAAGUGAACCAGAAACUCACGAAACGGGCACUCAUUAAGGAAUAUACAGAAGAGAUUGAACGUUUGAAACGAGAUCUUACUUCUGCACGAGAGAAAAACGGUGUCUACAUUUCUGUGGAAAACUAUGAUGCUCUUAAUGGGAAGUUGACUGUUCAAGAAGAACAAAUUGCAGAAUAUAUUGAGAAAAUUGGAGCAAUGGAGGAAGAACUCAAAAGAGUCACUGAGUUAUUCACAGUUCAUAAAAGUGAAAUGGAGAAGUGCAAGACAAACCUGGAGGUUAGGGAAAAAGAGCUGGAAGACACACAGAAGCACUUGGAAACAACCAAGGUUCUUCUUGAGGAAGAAGUGUAUAUAGCAUCAGCUUUGGAGAACACAGAAGAAAAACUUCAUGGCACUGCAAUUAAGCUGCUUAGUGCUGUUAAAGAAACAACCACAGAUGUUUCGGGUCUGCAUGCAAAAUUGGAUCGUAAAAAAGCAGUUGAACAGCAUAAUGUGGAGGUCCAAAAGACAUUUGCAGACCACAUGAAUGCCUUCUUCUGUGAUAUGAAGAACUCCAUCAAUGAGAACUGUUGGAAACACCAACAAAUGCUGGACUCUUACACUUCUUCGGUUGGUGAUCUUCUGUCUGCCAAUUCUUCAGCUUUUGGAGUUACUGCAUCAGCUAUAAUUUCAGCGUUCGGCUCUCUACAGGAGAUGGUUUCCACUGAAGUUUCUCUAGCUUCUGAAAAGAUACUGAACCAGGAGUCUCUGACAUCUCAAAAUAAAAAUGAUCUCCGGAAACUCUUAGAAGAGCACACAUCAGGAUUGGACCAAGCCUUGAGGAGUCUGUUACCUGUGUUGAAAUUUGUUCUGAAUCUGAACUCUCAAGUUCAUGAUAAUUUGCAUAAAUAUUCAUCCCUGGCUGAAAAGAUGACGGGUUAUAGAGAGAAAAUGACUAUAUUCUUCCAAGACCAUUCUCUUGCUUUGAGUAAACUACAGGAGGAUAUUUCCCAGAAGUUGGCUCAACUUCAACAUGAUUGUGAGAGCUUACAGGAAGAAGUGGUGUUGUCUAAGGUGGCCCUUAAAAAGGCCUCUUCCCAGCUUCUUGCUUCUCUGGGCCUGCUAGAGCAAGAAACCCAGCAGAAUCUAAGUGAAGUGCUAGAGAAAGGUGAAAUGGUGAAGAAGGGUAUUGGUGCUGCCCAAGAAAGCCUAACCUUGCAGACUACUGGCCUUGUCAGCUCUACAACUUCGGAGCACAGCAGUUUAACGCUGCCUCUGGAUGAUUUUUCACAAGAGAUCAGGCAAUCCAACGAUGAAAAUGUUCAGAUACUGCUGGAAUCAGCCGGCCACUGCAAGGACCUGGACAGGCUCGUGAAAGACAUGUGCCAGGAAACGUGUAACUGGGGUAAAAUUGCGGCUACAAAGAUGGACUGCAUUGUUGACCAACAGGCAGCCUUCCUCAGCACCAGAAAGGAACACCUACAAAGAAUCUACAAGGAUUUAGAUGAGAAUAGCAGCUCGUCGGUUGCUAAGGUCACGGACCAUAUUGCAGGACAAAAAGGUACUGAAGAGGAAGCCCUGAAGAGGCUCCUUGACCAGAUGAGGAAUGAUAAGAAUGUGCUUCUGAAGCAGAAAGAGACACUCCUUGAAGAAACCGAGGAUGGGUCAACUCGCAUUAAUGGCUUCCUGAGGGAAGAACUUAAAGUGGAUGUCCCGACAGGAGCCACCCCAAAAAGAAGAGGAUACCAGUACCCAGUGACGGUUGUGAAAACAGAACCUCGCGAUGUCCUGCUGGAAAGAUUAAGGCAAAAGCAGACAGAAGUCGCAGCUACGCCAAAAGCUCCUGAAAAGGGUGAUUUGGAGGAGGAGUAUGAGGAGGAAAUAGAGACCAACAGGAGCCCGCUAAGUGAAAAAUCCUUCUUGGAGACAAGUGUGUGUAUCAGUGGAGGUGUGCCUUUCUUCCAGAAAAGGAGUAUCAAAAAGGAUAAAGAGAACAGAUCUGCAUUCAUCCUGGAAAAGACCAAGGAGGAUGAUAAAGGAGACCCAGCUCUUUCAAAGUCAAGAUAUCCAUUUAGAGUACAGAACUAAGGAUGUACAGCAUUUGUCUUCGUUUCUUCAAUGUUUCACGGCUUAUUAGUUUGAGCUCUGUAUGUAGUGCUAUAAUGUCGGUGUCCCAAAUUAGCUGCGAAGAGAGUUUUAAAAUACCAGUCUCUUAAUAAAUGCUUUUAAACUUUAUUCGCUAAUAAAUACAUAAAAUGUC